AUAUUACUGACUGUGCGGAGGUUGAAUCUUUUUGGUGUGUUAACUCAUAUAUAAACAAAGUGUCAGAGCGUCUUAGGCUCACACUCACACACACUUACACAAGUCUUUCGCAGUUAAUAUCUGGAUAAUUUAACCGGACCAGGUUGUGUUAAAAUGGAACAUGUAUUACGUCCUGAUGAAGAUUGGCAGUCAAGAAGAUCUGUUGUAGAAUGUAACAGACGUAUGUGGACAGAUCAACUGGCAUGUGAUGUAACGUUCAUCAUUGGCCACGGGGAGACAAGGAUGCAAGCUCAUAAAUAUGUUCUCGGCAGUAGAAGUUGUGUGUUUUAUGCGAUGUUUUUCGGUCCGUUGAGUGGGAAUACGGGAAUGGAGAUUACUAUCCCAGAUAUGACACCAGAGCAAUUCAGUGGUCUUUUGCAAUAUCUAUAUACAGAAGAGGUCAAAGUUGAUCUUGACAACGUUCUUCCACUUUUGUAUGCGGCAAAGAAAUACUGCGUACAGAGUUUAAUUGACAAAUGCCUAAACACCCUGAAGAGGAACAUGGUACCGGAAAAUGUUUGUACGGUCAUGGAGAAUGCCCACAUUUUUGGUAACAACGAACUGAAGACGAGAUGCUUUAAUCUGAUCAUUCAAGAAACAGAGCGGGUUUUCCAAGCAGAAGAUCUUGCUGAGUUGUGUAAUGAAUGCUUUAUUAGUAUAAUCAAAGAGGACAGUAUUCCAGUUUCAGAAGCUAUUGUAUUUGAAGCUGUACUGAAGUUUGCCAAGGGUAAAUGUGAAAGGAGCAUUUCAGAAGCCACACCAGACAAUAUGAAAGCAGCUGUUGCAAAUGUCAUGCCACAUGUAAGGUUUCCCCUUAUGGACAAAGAGUAUUUUACAAAUGUUGUCAUAUCAACUGGCCUCCUAACUGAACCACAAGAACUAAAGCUUUGUAGGUACUUCCUUAAUCCAAGACCAGAGAACGCUGGCGAUUUUAACACAAAAAAGAGAAAGUUUGUAUACACUGUGCAGAGAUUUAUGGAGCUAGGGUCAGGGUGGGGUUACAAGAGGGACAAAUGUGAUGCCGUUUCUUUCACAUGUUCUAAUGACAUAAUGGUAAAGGGCUUUCAGAUAUAUGGGUCAAACCAGGGGCCAGGCAAUUUAGAAAUUUCUGUGCAUUUGAAGCAAGAGCCAUACAGGGCUAAUGUAGCUAUAAAGCAUGCAAUUGUUGAAACUGACGGCAAGCAAAAAAUCUACAAUGUUUAUUUUGAUAAUCUUGUGGCUAUUAAGAAAAACAAAAAAUAUACAUUUACACUUGUGAUGAAGGGACCAACAACAUAUUAUGGAACAAGUGGACAGCAAAUUCUUAUAAGAGACAAUGUUCAGUUUAAGUUUGAGAAAUCUGACUUAAGCACAAAUAACACUACUCCAGAUCGAGGUCAAAUUCCGGGUAUUGUUUAUGAACUCAUGCCCCCACCUGCCGAGAAUGGUGAAAAUAUGGAAACAUAAACAUGAAUUUUCUAUGUAUAAUCAGACUUGACACCCCAGUUAAGUCAACGGCACAGCGCCUCAAAUAUCUUUGAGUUAAACCAAAAGAAGGCAAAAUCCUGGAUGCUUUAAAAAAUAUUAAUAAGUAAGAUCUGUGAAAAUUCUUUUUACCUUAAUUAUAAAAUAAAAGCAUACCGCAUUAACAUGGAAAGUGACAUUAUUAUUUAUUAAAUUGAAGUCAGAAAUACUGCAAAGGGCAAUAACUCUAACCCUAAAUGUUAAAAUAUCUAUAAAGUUCCAAUCCAGUAUCAGCAUUAGUUUUGGAGAUAGUAACUUGCAUGCAAAACAUUAACCAGAAGUUAUUAAGUUCAAAAGGGGACAUAAUUUUGCAAAAUAUACUUCAGAGUUAUGGGACUUGAUACUAUGACCUAGUUUUAUAAACCCGAAGAAACAUCUGAAGUUCCAAUUCAAUAUUUGCAUUAGUUUUUGAGAUAGUAAGUUACUAACUUGCAUGCAAAACUAACCAGGAUUUUCCAAGUCCAAAAAGGGGCAUAAUUUGGCCAAAAUAAAUGUCAAGAGUUAUGGGACUGGAUGCUAUCGCCUACUUUUAUAACCCUGAAGACACAUGUGAAGUUUCAAAUCAACUUGCAUGCAAAACUUUAACCAGGAUUUUCUAAGUCCAAAAGGGGGCAUAAUUUGGCUAAAAUGUAUGUCAGAGUUAUGGGACUUAUGGGACUUAACACAGUGAGGUUGGUAAUUGACCUAGAAAAAGAAAAAAAUAAGUUUCAAAGCUGUAUGCCUUUAAAUGAUAGUUAUAAAGACUCGCAAGUAAAACUUUAACAAAUGCCGAUGCCAUGGUGAGUAGAAUAGCUCGGACUGUACUUCAAAUAGUAGAGCUCAAAAGGAUGAACAGUUAAACUUAUAACAAGGGCUUAGUGCAAAACUAUUGCAACUGUAUAUGAAUAAAGAUCAAAAUACAAUACUUUUGUGCUCAGCCCUCGAUAAAUACUCUGGAAUCAAAGAAUUAUAUAUUUAUGAAUUCGUACUAAAGUAUGAACUUGCUGUUUGAGCUUUGUGCAAAUUAUGGGUACAUGUAAAUUUUUAUACCUAUAGAAAGGAGAAUUAAAGGUCACAGAGAUUGUAAUGAAAGGUCAGGGAUAAUACAAUAAAAGGAGGGAGAACAAAAACUUGUACAUAAUAAUCAUACGUUAAGACAGAGGGAAUCUGGGAGUUUUAGUUAAAGGGAGUGAUAGCUUUUAAAUGGAAUGCAAACAUUUGAAGGGAAGACUCGGAGAACAGAAGGGUAUAAUGUGGACUGGGGGAGAAAAUAAUACAGAGAAUGUUAUAAAUAAUGAAACAAAGAGUUACCAUUGAAGAAGGGUUAUUUUAAAUAGUGUAAAUAUGUUUAAGAUGGAUGUGAGGGAGUUAAACACUAGAAAGUAGAAGGUUGUGUGUUUUUGUUGGUGGCGAGUGGGAGGUGGUGGGGCUAAUAGAAAGACUGAGAAUGACAACUGAAAAAACAAGUGGUGAUUGGGUAGACUAGUGAAAAUAUGGGGAAAAGGUUAUAUAAUGAAGGGAAGUAAAAAUGAAAUUGAAGUACAUGUAUGUGUGAAUGGGUAAAAUAAGGAUGAUUAAUGAAUGUGAUAGAAGGGAAAAGAGAAAUAGCAUUUGAUAUACAUACCGGUAGACCCCAUGGAAAGGGAGGGGGUAGGAGUGUAGGGAUGUAAAAAUGUUUUAAGAAGGGUAGUUGGGUGUAAUGGGGAUAUGAAAGUAGGUAAAAAGGUAAAGAAUGGAUUGAUUAAGGAUUUUAUAAGUACAAAUGCUGGAUAUCUGUGUCCUUUACAAGCGCAGGCCCGAGAAUCAGAAUUGAGAACUACAAAUAUACAUAUGAAUCCCUCUUUUAACUUUUUGAGUAACUGGUGACAAAAAUGUAAUUUUGGUAUUGAUGCUUAUGUUGUUAAAGCUUUGUUGCUUUACACUAAUACUGUGAAAUCAUUUACAUUUGGUGUGAAGGAGUGGGGGGGUAUUUUUACCUUUUAUUUUGUCUUCGGAAGUUGAAAUCCUCAGAAUUCAUAUGAAAACUUAUUUUGGCAAAAACACAAAAUUUUGUGCCCAUGAAAUUAAAUGAUUUCACUCUAGAUACCAUUUUUCUACUGGCAGCUGUGUAUUUAUUGAUAUAUCCUAGAACUGAAUAAAAAUUCACCUUA